GGCCACUUCCGGCGCGCUACAUGCUUCCGGUACGGUCGCUCUGCCUCUUCCUGCUUGUGAGCAUCUUCUGCCCUGGAGAUCGUGCCGCCGGGGAGCGGGCAGUCCCGCCAGGGUCCCUGAGGAGCAGCCAUGACACGCUGGGCCCGCCAGCAUGCAGCCUGCAGCCGGGGUGUCCUGGAGGCGACGCCCUGGGAGAAGAUGGCAGAUGGGGCCUCCGAGGGCAGCGCGAAGGCUGGGCCAGGCUGUGGCUCCCGCCCACUUUGCCUCCAGAGAGAUCCAGGGGGGAAGAAGAAAAAUAGGAAGAAGAAAGACUACGUGAACGAGGAUGUCAAUGGGUUCCUGGAGCACAUGAGGCAGAGCGCGCGGGGUGGGCUGGUUUUGGCAGCCCACGACCCCGAGGUGAGGGCAGAAGUAGCAGUGGCCUUGAAGAAAGAGCAGCGCCGGGAGGGGAGGCGGUUGAAGAGACAAGAGAAGAAGAAACAUGCCAUGGUAUGUUUCCACUGUAGAAAGCCUGGCCAUGGCAUUGCAGAUUGUCCAGCAGCACUUGAAAAUCAGGAUAUAGGUACUGGAAUCUGUUAUCGGUGUGGAUCUACAGAGCAUGAAAUCAGCAAGUGUAAAGCAAAAAUAGACCCAGCUGUUGGGGAAUUUCCAUUUGCAAAAUGUUUUAUUUGUGGUGAGAUGGGACAUCUGUCAAGAUCGUGUCCAGAUAACCCUAAAGGACUGUAUGCUGAAGGAGGCUGCUGCAGGCUUUGUGGAUCAGUGGAACACUUUAAAAAAGACUGUCCAGAAAACCAGAACUCAGAUCAGGUAACAGUUGGCCGAUGGUCCCGAGGGAUGAGCGCAGACCACGAAGACAUUCUAGAAAGCCCUAAACCACAAAAGACAAAAGUAAAAAUGCCUAAAGUUGUUAACUUCUGAUACCUACUCUGAUGGAAUAAACCUCUUCUGAAUGGGGACUGCUUACCAUUACUGCUCCUCGUUGGCUCCACUAAGUUGGCCAAAUUGCAAUUGCUAAAAUGACUCCUGUGUAACUAAGGUUUUUUUUUGUCACAGCUUCCUACAGUCCUGUCUGCUCUCUUAAUAUAGAUGUCCCCAAUCUCUUGCUGGCCCAUGGGCAACAAUACUGGGUCAGUCAUGCUGCAGGCAUCCUACUUUUCUCUCCCUGUCAAACCUAGUUUUUAAAUCUUCAAUUUCCUGUGAGACUGCCUCCUAAACAAAACAAACUUGGGGAGAAACAGCAAUGCAGCAAACAAUAUAUUUAAAAAGAUGGUAUGUGGUGGCCAUGGUUUGGGGAUCUAACUGAACCUCUUUUUUCCUUUGUGGUCUCUGAGGUCAUCCCCCCAACUUCACUUCUCUGAGUAGGAAGCUGGGCUGCUGUGUGCUGUCAGCCUUUUGCACCCUGCAGCUUCACCUGUCAUAGCUGUCUACAAUAAUCCAAGUUUGACUAAAGAUCCAAGUGGAUUUCAGUGGCCAGCACAGCCUUUGUAAAGUACUGGUCAUGAACACACUGUUUCGGAGGCAGCCAAAGGGCUUCACAGUUCUGUUUUAUCAAGAGUUUCUCUCUCUGCAAGAGGACCCUGGUUGUCCUAAGCUGUCUUAGACACUCUAGUGGGGUCCUGGUUUGUCCUGGCUUUCAAAUCUGUCUGGCUUCUUAAAAGUAGUGAGAUCAUCUUUUUACAAAUGCUAGUGCAUUUGUCUGCAAGCUUGGGGCCCCUUACUUUGGCAAGCAGGGGGCCAGGAAGUCAAAGUGAGUGGUUCCUUCCCUGUCUUUGAAAGCAUUCCCUUCUUCCUGGGGCAUAUUUUCCUGAUUGCUCCAUCCAUAGAGUAUGGUAAUAUAUGAUCAGGGACAUAUAACACCUUGCAGUGGAUUUGAAGCUGGUUGUGUUGUGAUUAAAUUCAGCAUUGCUGAGAGCCUUAUCGUGUAGCCAGUAGCAAUAGCAGGACAUCUGUAGCUAACCGGACCAGAAUGAGAGAAUGCUCUGAACUUUUCACAACUUGUUCAUACACCAGCACUGUUCCUGGAUAAUGUUGCUCAGGGAAAUUUGCUCCCUCUUCUGGUGUUGAUCUUUUGAUUUGAUGGCUUUCAAUUGUUAAUAACACUGGGAUGCUGAAGACCAUGUCUCCAUUAUGCCCCUUUGCUGUCCUGAUUUUGGAGGAAUUUUGUUUAAUUACAGGCAUAUAAUCCCAUGUGGAGCAAAUCUUGUUUUCUAAAACAUCCACACAGUGUCUGUUGUCUCUGCAAAUCCCUUCGAGUAUUAAGAAACUCAGUGCUCCAGCUUUGUUUGCUGUCACCAAAGUCAUUUGGAUAACUGUAUGUUUACCACAUGGCCUCCUUGAAGCCAUGUCAUGUUUGUUAAUGCUUUACAUGGUAGCAGGAACAAAACCACAGAAAUGUAUCUACGUGGCCGGGACAAGGGGCUUUUCAGCACUCUACUAUUAUAGUGGGUACUACUAAGGCAGGGACAGGCAAUUAUUUUGGGCGGAGGGCCGCUUACUGAGUUUUGGCAAGCCAUUGAGGGCCGCAUGACAGGCAGUCAGGGGCAGAUAUUAAUUUUCUAAAUUUUUUAGGGGCCCCAUGGGCCAGAUAGAAUGGUCUGGAGGGCCGCAGGCGGCUCACAGGUCGCAUUUUGCCCACCCCUGUGUUAAGGCCUAGGUUUGGUGCAUUCAGUACCAAACUCGAAUUGCUAAUGUCUUGGUUACUGUUGCCUAAUACCCCAGAUCCUUGAAGCCUGGACUCAGAACUGCAGUGAUGGGGCACUGUGUACCAAAUUCUAAAGCAACUGACAGUUCAUGUUUGAAGGACAAUUAAAUAGUGGUCAAGGUAUUCAUUUAACUGUCUAUUUUUAAAUUAACUUGCCCAUUUUAUGAAAGUAUCAUGACUAUCGGAUAAUCUUCAUGCUUUCUGAAAGGCAUCAUGGCUUAGUACAUUAAGUAUAGGCUUGGGGAGACCUGGGGUCAAGUUCUGGCGCUGUUGCUGAUUUGGCAUGUUUGCAGUUUUUUAUAGUAAACAAGAAAACAGAAAUAAUUGUUUAAAUAGUUUAUUUAUACAUUGUUAAAAUCAACUCUGCUUUUUAAAAUAUUAAAAGAAGUUGAAUUUUC